AUGCAGAAUCACUGUGCAGUUGACACAGCUCAUCCCGAGACACAGAGCAAAUUGCCUUGUAUCAUGACUUCCACCGGCUUUGACUUUUAUUUUCCUUCCACUUACAAGAGAAGAACAGUUGCGCGUAGUGCAGGAUAUGGAUCGAGUGGAGGUCUAGAAUCAAGGGCUGCAUAUUCGAGCCACUCUGUUCCAACAUCUUAUGCCUCGUCAUACAGAAGUUUUCCUCAGAGUCGAGCUGCCUCCAGCUCUUUCCUGCUCUCCGCUCCUGCGUAUGCCGCUGCCACUGAGCUACGCCUUGACCAAGCAGCACAGGUCACCUCUGAAUUCAAAAGAUUACGAACCCAGGAGAAGGCUGAGCUACAAGACCUCAAUGACCGUUUUGCAAGCUUCAUAGAUAGAGUCCAUGAACUAGAGCAACAAAACAAGUUACUGGAGACCGAACGUCUGUUGCUCAGGCAGCGCCAAACAGAGCCAUCGAACCUCCGGGCCCAAUAUGAGCACGAGAUCCGCCAGCUAAAUGCUGCAGUAGAGGAGGCCCGUUAUGAGAGACAAGCUGCCCAGCACCACAGGGAUGAAGUAGAGGGCGUGCUGAAAAACCUGCAAAAACGCUACGAGGAUGAAGUACUUGGUAGGGAGGGAGCAGAGAGCAGGCUUAUGGAUGCCAGAAAGGAGGCAGAUGAGGUAGCAAUGGAGAGAACCGAGCUUGAGAAAAGAGUGGAAAUUCUGCUGGAUGAGCUGGCCUUCCUGAAGCGUCUCUGUGAGAGUGAAAUUGCUGAACUCCAAGCCCAAAUUCAGUACAGCACAGAGGUGUCCGUGGAAAUGAAUGUAGUUAAACCUGACCUUUCAGUUGCUCUGCGGGACAUACGAGCCCAGUAUGAAACGAUGGCACAACAAAAUCGCCAGACAGCUGAGGAGUGGUUCUGUAAUAAGAUGAAUGUGAUGUCGGUAGGCACUGCACGCAAUGCAGAGAAUGUACGUAAUGUCAAAGAUGAGGCUUGUGAAUACCGCAGGCAGCUCAAAACUAGGACGAUGGAGAUUGAUGCCUGCAGAGACAUCAACCAAGCACUGGAAAACCAAUUGCAGGAAGUGGAGGAGAAGCAGAGCGCUGAGAUUUCUGCACUGCAGGAUGCCAUAAAUCAGCUGGAGGAAGAACUGAGGGCCAACAAGAACGAAAUGGCCCGCUACCUGAAAGAUUAUCAAGAUCUCUUAAAUGUGAAGAUGGCCUUGGAUAUUGAAAUUGCAGCUUACAGAAAGUUACUUGAAGGAGAAGAGAACCGCUUAGACCGCUGUGGCCAGAUGUCUUCUGUUGUUCACUCACAAGUUGUAUUUGCUGGACAUCCUGGAAAAAAUCGUGUCUCCAUGCAAUCUCAACUGCAUUCGACAAUGCCGUACCUAUUGACCCCUCGCUUGUAUACAUCAACCAUUUCUACUCAGGAGACAAUAACUGCAAGGAAAGUACAGCAGGAAGAAGCAAGCCCUCCUGAGGAAGAGGCCGAAGAAGAGGAGGAUGAAGAAGAGGUGGAAGAGGGAGAGGAGGAAGAGGAGGAAAAGGACGACCUAGAUAACAAGGAGGAGGGAGAGGAAGAUGAGGAUGCCGAAGAUGAAGCCGAGGGAGAAGAUGCUGAGGCAGAAGAAACAGCAAAGGAAGAUGAAGAGGAAGAAGCAGACAAAUCUGACCAAAGCAAAGAAGGGGAGGGCAGUGAUGAUGACAAAGAAGAAAAACCAAAACAAGUGGAAACAGAGAGAGAUGCGAAAAAUGGAAAAUCUUAA